AUGCCGCGCCCGCUGUGGCCUGUGGGCUCCGGAGGGCUCCGUCUGCUUGUCUGCUUCUUGCUGCUGAACAGCCAUCCAGGGGGCUGCAGCGACAUUAGUGCCCACGAUGGCCAGGGCCAAGUUGGAGUUCAGCAGCUCUGGCCCCUCCAGGGAUUUACUGCUCCAAUCUUCCGGCACUUACAACUUGUACUCCAUCAGAUUGUACCCCAAGGUCUGUUCUGGAAGGAUGACAUCACCCAGCAUAUGAUGACUGAGAAGAUGGAGUACAUCAGCAGACUCCACCCCCAAGAUCCAUGCCUGAAGGAUGGGAAGGCAAUUUUCCCCACUGAAACCACUGGAAUGAGGGAUAAGCAAGAGGAGAAACUUCAACUCUUAUUCCCCAAGACCCCAACAGUCAAGAUGAACAGGGAUCAGUGCUUUAUCUCCAGAGUAGUUUCCAAGACCUUGAAACAAGAGGUGACCAAACCUGUCAAGGGUUUCUUUGGGCCAUUCCCCACUGUGGGCCGCAAUCUUGUCGCUGAUUGAGACCACAUGUGGGGUCUUCCUUCCCCAGUGCCAUCCCCAUUGCCUUCCCAAGGGGCAAUUCUUGGAUGACCCAAAUCUGGAUCAUUA